AUGGAAGAUUACAAGGUGUUAGGCCGCAGGGAGGAGGAAGCUGCGCGCUUGCGGGCUGAGACAGAAAAGAUGGUGAAAGCUGCUCGCGAGGGUGCGGAGCAGCUUGAAAAGGAUAAGGAGUUGUUAAAUGUCAUGGCAGCAAAUGCUGCUUUGGGCAAGGAGAAAGCUGCGGCCGAAGCGGUUGUUGUUAAGGCCCGGGAGGCAGAGGCCCGGUUAGCAAAGGCGCUUGAAGAGGCCAAAGAGGCGGGGGCCCGUGCUGCAAAGUCUCUUGAAGAGGCCAAGGAGAGGGAGGGCCACGCUUCUAAGGCUCUUGAAGAAGCGAAUGCUGAUCGAGGCCACUUGAAACAGAUUGUUGGGAGCCUUCAGGCUGAGGUGCAGACUCGCGAGGCCAAGCUUGCGGAGAUUACUGCCUGCGUGGCUAUUGUUAAAGCUAUCCUGGAUGCGCCUGAGACUGUAACUGGUAUAGACUUGAUUAAGCAGCGUGCCCGGGAUGCUAGUUUUAAAGCUGGUUAUAACCGAUGCAUUGGCUAUAUAAACAUCUUGUCUAAAGGUGGCUACACUGAUGAACGGUCCGGGUUUCGUGAUGUGGACACCGAAGCGUUUCUUGAGGCGGCUUGUGCAUCAUUUUACGACACGUCUAUCGCUGCGGUUGAGGAGCUUGACAAGUGCCUGGAUGCGCCUGACUAUGUAGACCGUUUACGGUGGUUAUAUGCGAAUGCCGAUGACUCGGAAGAGGAAGAAUUUGCUGGUGACGCCAAAGGUGGCGCGAGUACCAGCGGUACAAAAUAG